AUGUCUGAAGCCUACGAGCGCGAGCGCCAGAACAAUGCGCGCCUGGAAGAAUUGUCGGCCAAAGUAUCGUCGCUGCGUGGCGUGACGGUAGACAUUUACGACAACGCGCGCUCGCAAGAUGUCAUUGACACCACUACCGAUACAUUCUCGUCCAUGUCAUCACAGCUCAAAGGAUCCGCCGGCCGACUGGGUCGCAUGGCCGCUUCCGGAAACAAGGUCGCUAUACUCAAGCUCUCGGGCAUCAUCAUCGGUGUGUUCUUGGUGUUCUAUUACAUGUGGAAGCUGUUCUUCUGA